UCCAAUCUGGUGCAAGCAUCUCCUUGCAUCACACCCAAAAAAAUAAGGAAAAUUUCUUGCGGAAAAAAAAAAUGUAAAAAACUUGCGGAUUGUGAUCUAUACAACAAAGGAAAAACGUUCACUACUUGUCGCUUGAGUCGAACGCAGCGAAGCAGAUUAACGAAGAGGAAAAGAAUUCGCGAGGUUGAGGCGGCUGGGAAGAUGAAUGUCUCCGUUUGUUUGUAAAAAUAGGGUGAAAUUGAAGUUAACGACACGGGCGCCGCGAGAAGAAAGGGCUGAUGCUAUUUCAAUAGCUUAUAAGAUGGCUCUAUCUUGUAAGUCUCGGGCAGUUCAGGUUCAUAUAUUUGAAGGAAGGGAACCUCUCCAAUUCUGUGCCAUCUUCCAGAGAUUUAUAGUGUUGAAGGGUGGCUAUAGCUCUGGGUAUAAGAAAUUCAUUUCAGAGGGAAACAUUGUUGAUGAUUCGUAUAAAGAAGAUGGAACUGCUCUUUUUCGCGUUCAAGGUUUGGGACCAGAUAUUAUGCAAGCCAUCCAAGUUGAUGCGGUGGCAUCUUCUUUGAAUUCAUUAUACUGUUUCAUACUCCAGGCUUGUAAUGCCCUUUACACAUGGGCUGGAAACCUUACUACCUCAGAGGAUCAUGAACUUCUGGAAAGGCAACUAGAUCUGAUAAAGCCAAAUUUGCAGUACAAGCCUCUGAAAGAAGGAGCAGAAACGGAGCAAUUUUGGGAUUUACUUGGGGGUAAAAGAGAACACCCCAAUGAAAAAAUUGCAAAACAACCCGCAAGUGAUCCUCACCUUUUCUUUUGCUCCUAUUCUCAAGGCACAUUGAAGGUCAAUGAAGUUUUCAACUUUAGUCAAGAUGAUUUGAUGACAGAAGAUAUCUACAUUUUGGACUGUCAAUCAGACAUCUUCGUCUGGGUUGGGCAGCAGGUGGAUUCCAAGAGUAAAUUGGAGGCUUUAAACAUAGGAAAGAAAUUUCUUGAACGUGAUUUCCUUAUGGAGAAGUUAUCUCGAAAAACUCCAAUAUUUAUUGUUACAGAGGGAAGUGAACCUCAAUAUUUCACUCGCUUUUUCAGUUGGGACUCUUCCAAGUCAGCAGUGCAUGGUAAUUCAUAUCAAAGGAAGCUUGCCAUAGUAAAACAUGGAGUCACUCCAGUAAUAACUAAAUCCAAGCGGCUUUUACCAACGUACAGUGGAAGGUCAAUUUUAACGGACAAAUCUCCACGUUCCCGAAGUGUUUCCAGCACCGCAGACAGACAUCGUCCAAGAGGAAGAUCUCCUGCCUUCAAUGCAAUAGCUUCUACGUUUGAGAAUCUGAACUCCAGAAAUUUCUCAACUCCUCCAGUUGUUGGAAAAAUUUAUCCAAAAUCUUCACUAUCAGAUACAAAGACAGCUCCUCGUUCUGCAGCAAUAGCUGCACUAACUUCUUCUUUUGAAUCGGCAGCACAAUCAUCUGGGCAACCAUUAUCUAGAGUGAGGCUUCCAGUUAGAACUACUAAAGCAGAGUCCACAGACAAUGGAAGCGCAUUGAGUGGCCGAAUUGGAAAUCUCACCAUAAGCGAAGAUCCAAAAGAGGAAGUCAAUGAUGAAGAAGAUCUUCCUACUUACCCUUAUGAAUGCUUAAUAACAUCAUCCACAGACCCUGUUACAGAUAUCGAUGUAACCAAACGAGAAGCAUAUCUAUCUUCUAUUGAGUUUAAAGCGAAGUUCAAUAUGAGCAAAAGUGCUUUCUACAAGCUACCAAAGUGGAAGCAGAACAAGCUGAAAACAGCUCUUAAGUUGUUCUGAUAGAACUGCUUGCUUUUCUCUGCUUGCUCAACAUUGAAAAGCUCUGAGGAGAUGAGAAGGCUGCUUAUGCAGCUGGGAAAGCCAAGCACAAACUUUUUCACCGAUGCAAGAUGGUGGAAAUUUGGUGAUCAUUGAGGAAUUUUGUAGAUGAAGUAAUUCAAUCUCAACAGAGCUUAUCUUUUUGGCUCUCUUUGAUUUGAUGUUCUCUGUGUAGACCAUUUUAUCAGCCAUUUCAAAUUUUUAAUUGUAUAGUUUCAGGAUAGUUUCACAGUUUUUUGGGUAGGUAGUUUAAUUGCAAUUAUUUUUACUUGAGAAAAGUAAUAUUUUACUAUGUAAUAUUUGUGCAAUGUAAUUAAGGAAUCAAGAGCUUGUAUGGAGGCAUGGAGUUGCUCUUGGCGAGCAAUGAAAAAUUUACUUUCUUUU